GUCCACCGUAAACUGCGUCACUGAUCGUGAACACCGGUUACUGGUCAUCGAGCAUUGGCCAUUCACCAGUCAAAUACUCCGGCGAGAAGAACGUGUCGAUUCGUCAGGCAAGCGAGGAACUCCGAGUCAAAAAUUCGUUCGACUGCGUAGAUUCUUAUCUCGCCCGGCAGUAAGAUCUGAUCAUAAUUCCUUUCGACAAACCAUCUCCAUCGAGAUGAAGGUGCAUAUCGUCGUGGUCGCGGUCAUCGUCUCAGCAGUCGUCUGCCAUGCAGUUCCUCGGAGCAAAAGACAGGCCGACAGUGAUCCUCGUCUCAGCAACGAGGUAAUUCCUGGCACCCUCGAAGCGGUGGAAGAAACUUCGCCCCAUGGACUUGCCGCUACCACUGACGACGAUUUGGACGACAUCAGUUUGUCACAAGGUGAAACCACGAAGACACCGGCACUAGACGAUGCGCCAACUCCUAGUCCAGGAAACAAAAGGAAGAAGCCUCUUCAACCCCAAUCUUCCGACACUUUUUCUAGAGUGAUCGACGACAUAUUCAACAUCCCCAUAUCGGUUCUCCGCGCGGUCAACACAUUGAUCAGCAAUGCUUUUGGAACGAAGCAAGGAGCGACAGCAUCAGCAGAAGCGGCGGCUUCCGCGACGUCAUCGUUGACAUCGACCUAAACAACGGAAAAUAAAAACGAACGAAAACGAAAUAAGUUCGGUAUACUUUAGGGAUAUCGUAUAGAUGUACUUAAGUUGUAACAAUAUUUCGCCUUUUCUUAUACCUCGAUCAAAGUUAUCGAUUCGGAAAUUCGUGACGCCCGGCAGAAAUUCAACACUUUUUUUACAGAAUAUCAAUUGGAUGAACAUAUUUGAGAAAAAAAAAAACGUUAAACGGUUGGGCUCGAUUGCAUGAAUGCUGUGACAUAAUUUAGCGUCAAUUUUGUUUUCUACUACCAAAACUACCAAAGAUUGUCGGACGAAAAAAAUUCUGAGCCAAUAGAAUGUUCAAAAAUAUCACAGCAAAUAAUUUUUUCCAAGUCUCUACGCCUUUCAAGAUCAGAGACUCAAUUCAUCUAAUUAAUGUCGAACCCAGCAAAGUCGUUUCUCAUUUCUCAAAAUUGACGAAGAAUUUCAAGUUCAGAGAAAUUUUCUUUCACAUUUCCUUAUAUUAUUGAAGUGAUAACGUUGGUCAAGGUGAAAGAAAUAGAGGGUGCACAAUUCACGACAUUUGAGAAAUAAGUUAUCCUCAUUAUUUGUUUUAAAUUACACGAAUAGCUCUAAUUUUAUGACAAAUAUGUGCGUCAGUGUCCAUUUCAUCGUAUCGCACUGCACAUGCAUAUAUAAUCCGGAGUAAAAAUGUACUGAAAUUACAACGUUGCACGAAUCGGUGUCCCAUAAUAACGGACGUUGUGUAACGACUAUUUAUUGUUGUCUAUUUUAUUUUAUUAAAAAUCUAUGUAACGCAA